AUGACUCGGAUAUCCAGUCUGAGCGCCCAUGCUGCCCUCCCCGCCACCACACACAGCGACUCCGUGUCCACUGCAUGGCUCUCCCUCGUGUGCCCCUAUACGGGAGCGUGUGCCCCUAUACGGGAGCGUGUGCCCCUAUACGGGAGCGUGUGCCCCUAUACGGGAGCGUGUGCCCCUAUACGGGAGCGUGUGCCCCUAUACGGGAGCGUGUGCCCCUAUACGGGAGCGUGUGCCCCUAUACGGGAGCGUGUGCCCCUAUACGGGAGCGUGUGCCCCUAUACGGGAGCGUGUGCCCCUAUACGGGAGCGUGUGCCCCUAUACGGGAGCGUGUGCCCCUAUACGGGAGCGUGUGCCCCUAUACGGGAGCGUGUGCCCCUAUACGGGAGCGUGUGCCCCUAUACGGGAGCGUGUGCCCCUAUACGGGAGCGUGUGCCCCUAUACGGGAGCGUGUGCCCCUAUACGGGAGCGUGUGCCCCUAUACGGGAGCGUGUGCCCCUAUACGGGAGCGUGUGCCCCUAUACGGGAGCGUGUGCCCCUAUACGGGAGCGUGUGCCCCUAUACGGGAGCGUGUGCCCCUAUACGGGAGCGUGUGCCCCUAUACGGGAGCGUGUGCCCCUAUACGGGAGCGUGUGCCCCUAUACGGGAGCGUGUGCCCCUAUACGGGAGCGUGUGCCCCUAUACGGGAGCGUGUGCCCCUAUACGGGAGCGUGUGCCCCUAUACGGGAGCGUGUGCCCCUAUACGGGAGCGUGUGCCCCUAUACGGGAGCGUGUGCCCCUAUACGGGAGCGUGUGCCCCUAUACGGGAGCGUGUGCCCCUAUACGGGAGCGUGUGCCCCUAUACGGGAGCGUGUGCCCCUAUACGGGAGCGUGUGCCCCUAUACGGGAGCGUGUGCCCCUAUACGGGAGCGUGUGCCCCUAUACGGGAGCGUGUGCCCCUAUACGGGAGCGUGUGCCCCUAUACGGGAGCGUGUGCCCCUAUACGGGAGUGUGUGCCCCUACACGGGAGCGUGUGCCCCUAUACGGGAGCGUGUGCCCCUAUACGGGAGCGUGUGCCCCUAUACGGGAGCGUGUGCCCCUAUACGGGAGCGUGUGCCCCUAUACGGGAGUGUGUGCCCCUAUACGGGAGCGUGUGCCCCUAUACGGGAGCGUGUGCCCCUAUACGGGAGCGUGUGCCCCUAUACGGGAGCGUGUGCCCCUAUACGGGAGCGUGUGCCCCUAUACGGGAGCGUGUGCCCCUAUACGGGAGCGUGUGCCCCUAUACGGGAGCGUGUGCCCCUAUACGGGAGCGUGUGCCCCUAUACGGGAGUGUGUGCCCCUAUACGGGAGUGUGUGCCCCUAUACGGGAGCGUGUGCCCCUAUACGGGAGCGUGUGCCCCUAUACGGGAGCGUGUGCCCCUAUACGGGAGCGUGUGCCCCUAUACGGGAGUGUGUGCCCCUAUACGGGAGCGUGUGCCCCUAUACGGGAGCGUGUGCCCCUAUACGGGAGCGUGUGCCCCUAUACGGGAGCGUGUGCCCCUAUACGGGAGCGUGUGCCCCUAUACGGGAGCGUGUGCCCCUAUACGGGAGCGUGUGCCCCUAUACGGGAGCGUGUGCCCCUAUACGGGAGCGUGUGCCCCUAUACGGGAGUGUGUGCCCCUAUACGGGAGUGUGUGCCCCUAUACGGGAGCGUGUGCCCCUAUACGGGAGCGUGUGCCCCUAUACGGGAGCGUGUGCCCCUAUACGGGAGCGUGUGCCCCUAUACGGGAGUGUGUGCCCCUAUACGGGAGCGUGUGCCCCUAUACGGGAGCGUGUGCCCCUAUACGGGAGCGUGUGCCCCUAUACGGGAGCGUGUGCCCCUAUACGGGAGUGUGUGCCCCUAUACGGGAGUGUGUGCCCCUAUACGGGAGCGUGUGCCCCUAUACGGGAGCGUGUGCCCCUAUACGGGAGCGUGUGCCCCUAUACGGGAGUGUGUGCCCCUAUACGGGAGCGUGUGCCCCUAUACGGGAGCGUGUGCCCCUAUACGGGAGCGUGUGCCCCUAUACGGGAGUGUGUGCCCCUAUACGGGAGCGUGUGCCCCUAUACGGGAGCGUGUGCCCCUAUACGGGAGCGUGUGCCCCUAUACGGGAGCGUGUGCCCCUAUACGGGAGUGUGUGCCCCUAUACGGGAGCGUGUGCCCCUAUACGGGAGCGUGUGCCCCUAUACGGGAGCGUGUGCCCCUAUACGGGAGUGUGUGCCCCUAUACGGGAGCGUGUGCCCCUAUACGGGAGUGUGUGCCCCUAUACGGGAGCGUGUGCCCCUAUACGGGAGUGUGUGCCCCUAUACGGGAACGUGUGCCCCUAUACGGGAAUUCAUCCUCACCUCAGCCCGCGCUCACUAAUUCGUGCCAGCUCUAUCGCCUCUUCCCCCGGGCGCCUGGGCACGAAGCGCGGGUCAGCCAUGGGGCGAGCUCCGUGA